AUGCAGUUUCCGAAACCGUCGUCGAUGCUCGGUCGUAUUGGUGGCCUCGUCCCGGCCCUGCUCCUCCUCGGUGCACUCCUGGACGGAGCCGGCCUGUGCCGCGCCGACAACCCCAUCGUGCAGACAAUUUACACCACAGACCCGGCACCCAUUGUCUACAACAACAGGGUGUAUGUCUUCACCGGCCACGAUGAAGACGGGUCCACGACCUUCGUCAUGCGUGACUGGCACGCCUACUCGAGCAGUGACAUGGCCAAUUGGCAAGACCACGGCGUCGUGGCCUCGCUGGCUACCUUUAGCUGGGCUAAUGCCAACGCGUGGGCAGGGCAAGUCAUUGCCCGCAACGGCAAGUUUUACUUUUACGUUCCCAUCCGGCGCACCACGGGGUCGAUGGCCAUCGGCGUUGCCGUCGCCGACUCCAUCACGGGACCGUACCGGGACGCUCUCGGCAGGCCGCUCGUCGACAACAACGAGAUCGACCCUACCGUCUUCAUCGACAACGACGGCCAGGCCUACUUGUAUUGGGGAAAUCCGAACCUGUCCUAUGUCCGCCUGAACCAGGACAUGAUUUCAUACUCCGGCUCUGUCAACCGCGUCACUCUCACCCCGCAAGGCUUCGGCACUCGUACCUCGGGCGCCACCGCUCAGCGGCCUUCCGCCUUCGAGGAAGGGCCGUGGUUCUACAAGCGGGGGUCGACUUACUACAUGGUAUACGCCGCCAACUGCUGCUCCGAAGACAUCCGCUAUUCAACCUCAUCUUCGCCUACGGGUCCUUGGACGUACCGCGGGUUAGUGAUGGCGACUGCCGGGUCAUCCUUCACGAACCAUCCGGGUAUCGUCGAUUUCCAAGGCAACUCGUACUUCUUCUACCACAACGGCGCGCUCCCGGGAGGGGGCGGAUACACGCGUUCCGUCGCCGUCGAGCAGUUCACCUACGGGAGCGACGGGUCCAUCCCCACGCUAAAGAUGACAACGGCCGGCCCGGCCCAGAUCGGCACCCUGAACCCCUACGUGCGCCAGGAGGCCGAGACCAUUGCCUGGUCGUCUGGCGUCGAGACCGAGACGUGCUCGGAAGGCGGCAUGGCCGUCAGCUGGAUCAACAACAACGACUACAUCAAGGUCAAGGGCGUGGCAUUCGGCAGCGGCGCCCGGACGUUCAGUGCCCGCGUGGCCUCGGCCAACAGCGGCGGGAGGAUUGAGCUGCGGCUCGGAAGCACCUCUGGCGCGCUCGUGGGCACCUGCACGGUGGCCGGGACGGGCGGGUGGCAGAACUGGACCACGGUGACGUGCCCUGUGAGUGGCGCGACGGGCACGCAGGAUCUAUACUUCAGGUUUACCGGGGGCGGCGGGGAGCUAUUCAACUUCAACUGGUGGCAGUUCAGUGCCUAG